UUCAGGCAGUCCAGUCGCUGCGUAUGAGGAAGGCAGAGUGGUGUAUUAAUCCCAAGAUGGCCAAAAUAUGUGUGUUGUUUUUCGUGUGAAAUGUUGUGAUUGUGUGAUCUUAUAGUGUUCUGGUGCACUCCCACCAUGGCGGAGAUCAAUAUGGACUUAACGAAGCUUCCCACGGAAGUCAGGGAUAAAUUGGCGGAGCUGGAAUUAGAACUUUCUGAAGGUGACAUCACUCAGAAGGGCUAUGAGAAGAAACGCAGCAAGCUCCUCGCUCCCUAUGUACCCAAGCAAUCCGCAGCAGGCAGGCCGCCCGCGCCCACGCCCACCUCCUCGCAGGGGCAGGGCUCGGGCCACGGCGGCAGCGGCGGCAGGGAGUCAUCGCGCGGGGGCGGCGGCCCGGGCGGCGGCGGCGGAGGAGGAGGCGGCGGCAGCAGGGACCCGGAGCAGUCGCGCGCCCGCCGCACGCAGCGCCGCGUCACCCACAACGAGAAGCGAUACCACUCAGCCAGAGGCGCUGCUGCCGCGUCCGGGUCCGGGGCCGAGGCUGUGCUGGAGGCCCUGGCGGCCCUGGACGCCCUGGAGGGGCCCGCUCUGCGCGCUCCGCCCGCUCAUGGACCCCCCGCGGUCCCCCUGGUCCCCGCGCUCCGCGACAACUGCCCCUCGAGCCCUGGGGCGAGGGCGCGGCGCAGAGGCAACCGCCGCCUCACUCGCAAUGAGAGCAGGUACCACUCUGAGGUUCGACAAGAGGCAGUGCAGCAAGCUCUAGCAGCAAUGCAAAAUCGACCAAAGCCUUCCCUUCCAAUGCCGUCCAAAAGAACUUCUGUUAUGGCCAAGAGCCCAGACAGAGACAGGCAUGAUUCUGCCUCAAGUACUGAUGAUGAUAGCCUUGCUAAUGAUGACAUUCAAAGUACUCCAGAACGUGAACGGGCAAGAAUAACUCCCGAUACUAGUAGUACAGGCUCAGCUCGUGAGACUCCUCCUCAACAAAGACUCCAUAGGCCACCCCGUAGCAGUGCUAAUGGAGGCCCAGGCCAUACCGUGUGGGAAGAAAGAGAAGAGCGUAAACGCUCCAGACAAGAAAUAACACAAUUAGCUGAUGUUAUGCACAAUCUCAACCCAUACUCUCAACCUCCAGAUGUGACCCACAACACAGCUGGCUCCCGCAGAAUGACUGGUGCAGAUAGAGUACAUAGAUUUAGCCAGUCAAGGCACUCUUCUGCUUCUGAAGACAACAUGGGUACUGUUACAAGCACGGGUAGAUGGAAAGUCUCUGCUAAAAUCCAGCAGCUGCUAAACACACUGAAACGACCAAAACGUCGACCCUUACCUGAAUUUUAUGAAGAUGACGAUAUUGAAUUAGAAAUUGCCGCCAACCCAAAAGACCCGAAUGCACCAAAGCCUGAAGGAGGAACCAUGACACCUGCUAUGGGAGAGCAACUUGUUGUACCUUCAGGAUUACCUCGUAAUUUGGAAGCUGCCAUUCAGAGGUAUGGAUCUGCAACGUACAAGGCACCAGUUGCUACAGUUUUAGAUCCCAAUGGAAAACUGAGUAUCACCUUGACCUAUGGGAAACUACUUAGUCGUUCACAAAAAAUCGCUUACACACUCCUUAACCGCAACUUCAGCAAGGGUGAAACAGUAUUGAAAACAGGCGAUAGAGUUGCACUUAUUUACCCCAACAAUGACCCAAUAAAUUUUAUGUGUGCAUUUUAUGGAUGCUUACAAGCAGGAAUGGUGCCCGUGCCCAUUGAAGUUCCUCUAACUAGAAGAGAUGCUGGCUCACAACAAAUUGGUUUUCUACUUGGAAGCUGUGGAGUUCAAGUUGCCCUUACCUCAGAAGCCUGCCUUAAGGGUCUUCCCAAAACAACAGCUGGGGAUGUUGUUGCUUUCAAAGGAUGGCCUAAACUGCAGUGGUUUGUUACUGAGCAUCUUGCUAAAACUCCAAAAGACUGGCUUCCUCCUCCAAGACUAACUGAUGAUACACCAGCUUAUAUUGAGUAUACAACUGACAGGGAUGGAUCUGUUAUGGGUGUCACUGUGACAAGGGCUGCUAUGAUGACUCAUUGUAGAACUCUAACUAUGGCAUGCAAUUACACAGAAGGCGAGAACAUGGUUUGUGUGCUUGAUUUCAAAAGGGAGGUUGGGCUGUGGCACUCUGUAUUGACGUCUAUUUUGAAUGGAAUGCACAUAAUUUUCAUUCCGUAUGCUUUGAUGAAAGUCAACCCAGCAAGCUGGAUGCAAAUGAUAACUAAAUACAGAGCCAGUGUUGCGGUCGUCAAGUCAAGAGAUUUACAUUGGGGUUUACUGGCUACCAAAGACCACAAGGAUAUUUCUCUUUCAUCCUUGAGGCUGUUACUGGUAGCAGACGGUGCUAACCCUUGGUCCCUUUCUUCAUGUGACCAGUUUUUAAGUGUUUUCCAAAGCAAAGGACUAAGGCCUGAUGCAAUAUGUCCUUGUGCCAGCACAAGUGAAGUUUUAACUGUGUCAGUUCGCAGACCUGGUAGAGCUGGUGUUAAUGCCACAGGACGAGGAGUCUUAUCCAUGUCCGGGUUGAGUUUUGGGGUUGUUCGUGUUGAUCAAGAAAACUCCCUGACUUCCCUUACUCUGCAAGACUGCGGUCAAGUCAUGCCUGGGUGUGUGAUUGUAGUUGUUAAAAUAGAAGGCACAUCAUUUUUGUGUAAAACUGAUGAAGUUGGAGAAAUCUGUGUAAAUUCUGGAGCAACAGGAAACCAAUACUGGGGCUUGCAGGGACUUACAAACAGUACCUUCAAAGUUCUACCCCUUCAAGCUGAUGGCACACCCUUAGGAGAUGCAGAAUAUGUUCGAAGUGGGCUCCUUGGCUUCCUUGGUCCUGGUGGAUUAGUAUUUGUCUGUGGUUCACGGGACGGUUUGAUGACUGUCACUGGCAGAAAACAUAAUGCUGAUGACAUAAUUGCUACUGUCUUAGCUGUUGAACCCAUGAAAUUUAUUUAUCGUGGAAGAAUAGCUGUGUUCAGUAUUAGGGUUCUUAGAGAUGAAAGAAUAUGUGUUAUUGCUGAACAAAGGCCCGAUUGUAGUGAGGAAGAGAGUUUUCAGUGGAUGUCUAGAGUUUUACAAGCUGUUGAUUCUAUACAUCAAGUUGGAAUCUACUGCCUUGCAUUGGUUCCUCCCAAUUAUCUUCCCAAAACGCCUCUUGGAGGAAUUCACCUUUCAGAAACUAAACGACGUUAUCUAGAAGGGACCCUCCAUCCAGCAAAUGUUUUACUAUGUCCACAUACUUGUGUGACCAAUCUUCCCAAACCUCGAGAAGUUCACUCCGCUGCGGAAUCUGUUCCAGACGUCGGACCAGCCUCCGUUAUGGUAGGAAAUAUCGUACAGGGCAACAGACUUGCUUCAGCUCAAGGUCGUGACAUGGGCAUCAUUGAUGAGGAAUCUGAUUCGGCAAGAAAGUACCAGUUUAUCAGUGAAAUUUUGAAGUGGAGAGCUCAGAGCUCUUCAGAACAUGUCAUUUUUACCCUACUGAAUUCAAAGGGUGCUGUGGCUAUGACUCUGUCUUGCUCUCAGCUCCACAAGAAAGCAGAACGAAUUGGUGCGCUCCUCAUUGAAAAGGGGCGUAUCAAUACAGGUGACCAUGUGGCACUAAUUUUCCCACCUGGUAUAGAUCUUAUAUGUGCUUUCUACGGAUGCCUUUAUGUUGGAGCUGUCCCAGUAACCAUUCGCCCUCCACAUCCUCAAAAUCUCCAAACCACACUUCCAACUGUACGGAUGAUCGUAGAUGUUAGCAAAUCAGUAUUGGUUCUAUCUAAUCAAAAUGUCAUAAAACUUUUGAAGUCAAAGGAAGCAAGCAAUGUUGUGGACAUAAAGUCAUGGCCCAUUACCUUGGACACUGAUGAUAUGCCAAAGAAGAAACUUCCAAUGAUGUACCGUGCACCAACUGCUGAGAUGUUAGCAUAUUUGGACUUUAGUGUGUCUACCACAGGAAUGUUAGCAGGGAUUAAAAUGUCUCAUGCAGCUGUUACAUCCCUCUGUCGGUCUAUGAAAUUAGCUUGUGAACUUUAUCCCUCACGUCAUAUAGCCCUCUGUUUGGAUCCUUAUUGUGGAUUAGGCUUUGCCCUUUGGUGCCUUAGCAGCAUCUAUUCUGGUCAUCACACUAUUCUGAUACCACCCUCAGAAGUUGAAGUUAAUCCAGCACUGUGGCUCUCAGCUGUGAGUCAGUAUCGUGUCAGAGACACUUUCUGUUCUUAUGGUGUUAUGGAACUGUGCACAAAGGGCCUGGGAUCUUCAGUGACCACUCUCAAAACAAGAGGAGUGAAUUUAGCCUGUGUUCGAACUUGUGUGGUGGUUGCUGAGGAAAGGCCUAGGAUAAACUUAACAUCAAGCUUCUCCAAAUUGUUCUCUGCUUUGGGUCUUAGUCCAAGGGCGGUUUCUACAAGCUUUGGUUGCAGAGUGAACAUUGCCAUCUGUCUCCAGGGAGCUUCGAGCCCUGAACCAUCAACUGUGUAUGUGGAUCUGCGUGCUCUACGGAAUGAUCGCGUGUCACUAGUGGAGCGUGGUAGCCCGCACUCCCUAUGUGUUAUGGAAUCUGGAAAGUUAUUACCAGGAGUGAAAGUCAUCAUAGCCAACCCAGAAACAAAGGGCCAAUGUGGAGAUUCGCAUCUUGGAGAAAUUUGGGUGCAAUCUAGUCACAAUGCUAGUGGAUACUUUACCAUACUUGGCGACGAGGCAGAAUAUGCCGAUCACUUUAAUGCUCGUCUUGUAACGGGUUCUACCGGUGAAGUGUACGCUCGCACUGGCUAUCUUGGUUUCCUUCGGCGCACCGAACCAGGGCAACAGUUGCAAGGUCCAGGUGUGGGUCCUCCUGGUUCAGCAUCCGGAACGUUGGAUGCGUUUGGAGGUUUGAGCAGCGGUACCUUGUCUAGCGUGGGCACCACUGGUUCAUCCACGUCAGGGACAGGGACAGGUACUGGCCUGGCAGGCCCGGGAGGUGAGGACGACGCCACGUCCAUCGCCACGCUUGCUUCGCUUCAAUCGCAGACCCCAUCACAGCAGAUCAGUGACGCUCCAGAACUCCAUGAUGCUGUAUUUGUUGUUGGUGCUUUGGACGAAACGAUUAUGCUUAGAGGCAUGCGUUACCAUCCAAUUGAUAUCGAAAACAGUGUGAUGCGGUGUCACAAGAAAAUUGCUGAGUGUGCUGUUUUUACGUGGACAAACCUGCUAGUUGUGGUUGUGGAACUAGAUGGUAAUGAAAAUGAAGCUCUUGACUUAGUACCUUUAGUGACUAACACAGUGCUGGAAGAACAGCAUCUUAUUGUUGGAGUUGUGGUUGUGGUUGAUCCAGGUGUAGUUCCGAUCAAUUCUAGAGGUGAAAAACAACGUAUGCACCUACGAGAUGGUUUCCUAGCUGACCAGUUGGAUCCCAUUUAUGUUGCCUACAACAUGUGAUUCUUUUUUUUCUUCUUUUUUUUGUUAUUGUUGUUUAUUUUGCUGCAAGGGGACUCAGCAGCUCUCUGGAAAUUGGUCCUAUAGAUGGCUUGAAAAUGCCUGAGAAUGGAAGAAGCCUACUAUGAGGUGAUGGCAUCUGAUUUUUAUUACAGGGUGUUAAGACACAAAAAAAAGCUUUUUAUUUCUUGCUAUGGAGAAUUGUGUGUUGUGGUCUGUGUGAUAAAAGGGUGCAACAUAAGUUGGCUGAGCUCUUGUUUUUAGAUCAAGUAAAAUUGUAGCUCGUAGUGUUGUUUUUUGUUUGUUUAUUAUUUUUUUUUUACAUAUAAAUGAUGUAGCUUGCUUUCUUCAUUAUAUUACCAGAGUUUCCCCUGCCAUCUACAUCUGUUCUUUGAUAGUUGUUGAUGGAAAAGGGAACAGUAUGAAGCAAAGAGGUUUUAUUUAAAGAUGUCAUUUCCUUACAUGAUUUUUAGUAGAAUGAUGACAAUAGUUUUAUAUCUCAUUGACUGUGAGAGAAAAGAAUGUGAUUGUAACAAUAGUUUAAAUGUGUACCUCUGUAUGCCGUUAUUAAAAGCCACAAAAUCUUGUUUAAUAGACAUGAUUCAUGUUAUCAUUUAAUUUAACAAUUUUGACAAGAGUGGCUUUUAAUGGAUAUGUGCCAUGGGCUGAUAGUGGUUCAUUCACCAUAAAAACAGACCUACUGAAGGCACAAAAAUAAAGACCAUCAGCUCACAGACAUCCUUUUUUCUAGUCAACCUGAAUGUGAAUGAUGUAAUUCUCUUUGUGUCUUUUGGUACAAACCGACAUGAGAUAGAUUCAUUCUCAAGAUUCAUUUUAUGCUCCUAAAACCAAGCAUUACUUGAGCAGCUUUGUUUUUUUUAGAUAGAGGGAGUUUUUAACUAGAGAGAUACCUACAUUUUUUACCUCUGUAAUGCUCAACUGUUUUAAUGUAUGGGGUAUUCAGUUGUCUCUGUUUCAUGACUAGGAUUUAGAUUUGAUGAUGAAUGCUAAGAUGAAAUUUAAAUAGUGUAAGGAAGCAUGUAGUUUGUGUCCAAAUCAGGAUCAGAUCAGUUUUUAAGUACUAAAUUUAUCAGGUUAUUGUUCACCGUUUUUUAUCUCAACUAGUUCUGUAUAAGUACUGAUUGUACCUUAAUCAAAUUAUUACCGGACCAAAUUUUGACUUGUUUUGAAUGGAGUACUACAUCAAAUCAAACAUCAACAUUGAUUUUUUUUUAAAUUAUUGUUUUAAUACUAUCUAGGUUCAAAUGGCUUCUCUGGUAAGCUUAUGUACCUAUGAAACCAUUUAUCAAUUGUGACUUGCUUUUCGAUAAUACUUAAUGACUGUUUGCAAUGUAAGAAUCAACAUUUUAUUUGAUUUCAGCGUUUAAGACAGUUGCAUUUGACAUGUUAACAGUAAUUUUCCUGGCAAAUUUUAAAUUUGCUCUUCAACUCUGGUUGAGCAUUCAUUCACAUAUUGCAUUUAAUGCUGUAUGUGCUUUAUUAUGGAAACUUAAGGCAUGCAUGGAACAAUUGUUGUUCAUUAGAGCUCUACAGAUAUUUGUGGAAUUUGUGCCAUAUCUGUGUAGCAGUGAUAAAUGUUACUAGUAGUUUCAUACCAGUGCUCGCAAAGGUUGUGAAGCCAGCGUAAUUGCUUGUUUGGAGUCGUAGUCAGUGAAGGCAGUCUCAACCAUACUUUGUGUCCAGAUCAAGUCAGGAUUUAGUAGUGACAUUCAUGAUUUAAUUUUCAAAUUUUGGUGUGAAUGUUAUCCUGUAGUGACGCACAUCUAUUAGCAAUUAUUUUGUUUAUGUAUGUGGUAUGCUCAACGUUUGUGCCACUCUCAUUCUAUUUAUGGAAUUUUAAAUUUACUGCCAUUAUUUAUAUAUCUAAGAACUUUUGUAUACUAGACAUCUUUCUACAUUCCCUGAAAACUACCUAGUUGCAACCACUUCAUCUUCUCAUUUACAUUUAAUUCAAUGUCGGCCAGUUGAAACCAUCAAAGCUCGUUGACCUGUUGUUGCAUAGCUUUGACGUGAAAAAAGCUUGAAUUUUCCAAAAUUUAGAAAUUAUUUAUUUAUCUUCAACACUCAUUUUGAAAUAUUAUGAUUUGGUGCUACAAUGAUGUUAGGCUUUAUUAGUACCUCAAUAGAUUGCAAUAUUUAACUUACAGAGAAGUCUCAACUUAAGUUUCUUUUGUUUGCUUGAAGAGAAUUAUAUAUAACAGAGCUCUUCUUAGCAUUCUUAGGUUUAAAAUAGUGGUUCCAAUGGCAAAUUCACUUGGAAAUGCAUUUUUAAAAAAUUACAUGACAAUGUGGAAUGAUACUAUUUUAAAUGCACAACUUUUUUUUUUUAGUUUCUGCAUCAGCUGUAUUCCGUGCAAUUACCUUUUUCUUUAAUAUGACGACAUUCUUAACUGGCCAAUGCUCCUUUUCAUUCUCUUCUCUUUUUCUGAGUGAAUGUAUUUAAAUGAUAACACUUUUUUGUUGAUUUUCUUGAGACUAUAUCUAUUGUUUCAAAAACAGAGUACGUAGUUCAAUAAUUGUUAGAAAAGAGGUAAUGCUGGUCAACUUGAUGUUUAUUUGUUUAUAUCAGUGUUGUCUGAUACUCUUUGCUAUGUAUCUGUCACACUUAGGAUGAUUUUUUUUUCUCAACAUUUUGACUUUUUAAAAAUCAAUGGUGACAGUUUUAUGUAAAUUUUGUUACCCUUUUUAUGUGUUACACUUCGGCUCUAAUUCUUUGCUCAAUGCCUGGCCACUGUUUCCUUUACUAAAUUGAUGAAGUUUUUGUAUCUCCUUAAAAGGUCUAUGAUUUUCCUUUCCCUUUCAGUCAAUCUUUCUGUCCAAACCUUGGUCACCAGAGACUAAUUUUAUAGAUUGUAUGUGUUUUAAGUUUUACUGAAUUUUCGGUAGAAAAAGUUCAAGUUUCUCCUUGCAUGAAAUGUUUUCUAUCCUUCUUCAAAAUGUUAAGUUAUGUCGUCUGUGAAUGCCACUGUAAAUAAUAACUUUUAGCAUGUAAACCAUGACUGAAACAUUUUUCUGCUCUUCUUGUUUCUCUUCUCUUUUUUUAAAAAAAAGAUAUACCUAUGUACAAGCAGUGUUUCUUGCAGGGAGAAGGACUUCAUUCUGCCAUUUUGUAGAUAGCAAGUCAAAUGAUCUCUGUGCAAACUGUAUUUUAAGUUCUUUCUAUCCUUGCUUUCUUAGUUGUAAAUGUCACCCUGUAGAAAAUUCUGUUUUGAUAAUUCCACCAUUUGUUUAUUUUGUUGUUUUUCUUUUAAUUGAUACUGUAUUGUUGUUAUUUCCCUGAAUGUAUAUACUGUAUUGAAAUAUGAAUUAUUUACGCAGAAUAUUGUUCAACCAUUAUGUUGAGACCUUCAAUUUUUAUUGAUUCUGGCAAUUAAGUAUGCAUUCUUUUUGCUUGUGCAUUCACCAGUAAGUCGGAUGUGAUGUGCAGUUACAGUGUAAAAUGAGCGAGUGAUAGUUUUCAAAUUCCCAAGUGUUCCAAGUCAAUGUAAAAUCCUCAAAAUAAAAGUUAAACCAUAAAAGUGUGUAUUUUACUA